AUGAAGCUGAAUUUUAAUACCUGGCAACUGGACGAGGGCUAUAUCAGAGUUCCACAGAAGCUACAAGUAGCUACAGCAGCGGAGUUGGGGCCCGGGACCCACGCGCGGGCACGCGGAGCCGGGGCGCGCGAGGGCGACCCACCCGAGCCCCGCCGGGCCCGCGCUCGCGCCGGCCGCCGCGGGAGCCCGCCCCGGGGCGGGGAAGCGCGGGCGCCGAGGCCCGGGCAGGGGAGGACCGCGCGUUACCUGGGCUCCGCGCCGCGCUUCGCCUGUCGCUUCCCGGGCCCCGCCCGCGGCGUCCGGCCCAGGCGGCCCCUCUCCGCGCCGCGGACCGCGCCGGCCGGGCCGCUGGAGCUCCGGAGCCGCCCCGCCGCGGGGGGCCUCGCUCGCGGGCGCCGGCUCCGGUCACGCGCUCCCGCCCCGGGGACGGCGGCGGAGCGGAGCGCGGCGCGGGAAGGGCCUCCCGAGGACGGCGGGCGGGCGGGCACGAACACGGGCUCCGCCACCCGAGCCGCUCCGUUACCGCAGCGGCGACGACGACCAGGGCCGUGUUGUUGCUGCCAACUUGUCGGAAGGACACUGAGCAUGCGCGCGCGGAGACCACAUCCGGACUUUGGAGCUCAAGAAGCAAAAGUCCCACACUUUGUGGCCCAGACCUGCAGGGAUCCAAGCACCGAUUUCAUCAAGGGAACAGCAGGAUGA